AUGCGUAACGUUCUUCUCGCUACUUCCGCCCUCAGUGGCCUAGCUGCUGCCCUACCCCAGAUGAUCAACAUCGAGGCUGCUUUGGCCGUCCCCACUCCCACCGUUCUUGGACCCAAGGCCGAGGAGACUGCUGAGCUUCCAGUGUCUUACAACCAAGCUGCCGCUGCCGCGUCUGCUGCUGCAGUAGUUGCUACAAGUGGUGCAGAGCUCAAGAAGCGUGAUGCCUGCCAGGCCCAGCCUGCUGGUGCCGGAGCCGAGUAUGUUCCUGGACAGGGCUCCGUUGAUGAAUACCUGAACAAAGAGAACUCUCUCCGGAAAGCUGCCCAAACCGCAGGCACUCCCGAAGGUUACACCAAGGCCUUUACCAAUCUUAUCGGGUCCACCGAACAGAUUGGCUACUUGACCUACAAGACUCUCGACACUUACAGCCCUGAUGAGUGUGCCGCCUUCUGCAACAGCGAGAAGUACUGCCUUGGUUUCAACCUCUUCUUCGAGCGCGACCCCAGCGUCGACCCCGGUGAGGGAUGCAGUGACCCAGCGCCCGUCACAAACAUCAAGUGCUCAAUCUACGGAUACCCCGUGGCUGAGGCAUCGGCCACCAACCAGGGCCAGUACCGUGGUGACUUCCAUGUUGUUAUCACUGGCAGCAACGGUUACUCCAAGGCCGGCAAAGGAGUCUGCAAGCCCGCCCCUACCGUCGAGGGCUUCAACGCUCCCGCCAACCUUCCCGCUGCCAUCAACGCUCCCUUGAUCAAGAAGCAAGGCAAGGACUACGACACCUACAACGGAAUGCGUCUCUUCAACACCAACCCCUACGACCCCAGCCUGUGCGCUGCAGCUUGCGAGUCGCAGACCCAGUUCGACAAGGAGCACCUUGCUGACGCCAACGGCGAAUACAAGCCUUGCAACUUCUUCACCUCUUACAUCUUGACCAAGAACGGUGUUCCUCUUGGUACUUACUGCGCACUUUACACUCAGUACUGGGAUGAAAGCUAUGCCGUCAACACUGGCUACUACUACGGCGACGAUGAAUACUCCGUCAUCUGCGCUGCUUCUUACACCGAUAGCACACCUGACUCUGGAAAGAACGAGGCGUAA